CUUUGGAGCGAGUUUCAGGCACCAAGUGAUUUCCUCGGUGGAGAUGAUGAGUUUGCUCUGAUCUUCCAGCUCCCCCGCAUCCUGCUCCUGGGGCGCGGGGGACGACAGGCCUGUAAAUACACGCUCAUGACUGUCAUCUGACUUCACCUGCCGCCGCCGCACACCUUGCGCGGCGACCUGUGGGCAGUGAGUGGACCAGAUUGAUCUCGCGCCUCUACUGUGGGAGGCAGGUCUCUUGGGGGGAUGGGUGUCCAUCUCAUUUCGAAAAGCUGGAGCACAUAAAGCACUCAGUAUGGAGAAAAUACCAUUUUGAGACAUUUUUCUGUUGCCGGUGAGAGAGGAAGAACCAAUACAGAAGCGCACCCUGCUGUAUGUGUGUCUCAUUGUACUGCUUUUUAUAAAGCAGCUUAGUGAUGAAGCCACCAUUAUGUCCUCAGUCAGUGAAGUAAAUGUCGAUAUCAAAGAUUUCCUCAUGAGCAUUAAUUUGGAGCAGUAUGUCUCACAUUUCCGGGAGUUUGGUUUUCAUACCGUGAAGGACUGUGCAGCCAUAGAUGACAGCGUGCUACACAAAAUUGGAAUAUCACCUACAGGACACCGGAGGAGGAUCAUUAAACAGUUACAGAUAAUCUUGUCAAAAAUGCAAGAUAUCCCAAUAUAUGCAAAUAUUCAUAAAAUAAAGAAGAAUGAUGAGACUUCGAAGGGUCACCCCGCUCCAUCUUCUGGCCAGGAUACCUGCAUAGAACUGUCAGAUUCAUCUGGCGUUCAGACACCUAGCCCGGCGCACUUGGAGACUGUUACAAAACAUCUCGAUCAAAGUGACAUUGGUGUGGAAAAUAGCCAGUGUCUUAAAUCAGAUGAUGAGCUCUCUCUUCCUAAACACAGCUUUCCCAUUCAUGAAGAAGGACACCAUCUGAAAUUCGGUUCUUUUCAAGAUUCUUUAUUGGGUAGUGAAAAUAUUCAAAUAGAAUCUUUGAUUGCAAAGGAGACUGUGGAUUGUACAACUAAAGAACAACAAACAGAAAAAGUCGAUUUGAACUCAGAAGAUGUGAACAAGCUUCCGAAUGUAGACCCUGACCGCCUUCCUUCCCUUGGCUGUUCAGUAUCAGAAGCCAAUUCUGGACAUGGAACGAAUGGUUUAUUAGAAAGGUCACCACCAUCCCCUCUCUUUAACUUUCAAGGACAAAUGGUUAUAAAUGAUUUGUAUGUUCCAUCAUCACCAUUCCUAACACCUAUGAGAAGUCGUAGCAAGUUGGUUUCAAGGCCAUCUCGAUCUUUUCUGCUAAGACAUCGGCCCGUACCAGAGAUUCCAGGGUCAACAAAAGGAAUUUCAGGGAGCUAUUUCCGUGAGAGAAGAAAUGGUGCUACCUCAACUGGAAAAUCGGUGACACAGCACAAUUCAAAUGAGGAGAAUUCAUCUUCCAUCUUUCCUUAUGGAGAGACCUUUCUCUUCCAGAGACUAGAAACUUCCAAGAAAAAGUCUAUAAGGAAUGAAUUUUGGGCCCAUGAAGAAACACUCAAAGGGAAAGCAACAACUGAAAGAAACUCUUUUUUUGUCCAAUCAAGCAUAUAUGAUAACAGGAAGGAGAAUGUAAGUGAAGACAAAGUGGAAGAUAUUUGGAUACCUCGAGAGGACAAAAACAACUUUCCGACUGGCGGAGCUGCAGAUUCAGAAUAUUCAACAGUAGAAGAAUGCUUUCAGAGUUUAAAAAGAAAAAAUUCAAAGGCAUCUAAAUCCAGGACUCAAAAAGUAUUGAACUUGGACCCUGUUAAUAGGCACAGUUAUCCCUUAAGCUCAACGAGUGGAAAUGCUGAUUCAUCAGUCAUUUCCUCAAGUCCAAUAUCUCCUUAUGCCUGCUUUUAUGGAUCGUCUGCGAAGAAGGUUAAAUCGGGCUGGCUAGACAAACUCUCUCCUCAAGGAAAACGCAUGUUUCAGAAGAGAUGGGUGAAAUUUGAUGGCUUUAGCAUUUCUUAUUACAAUAACGAGAAGGAGAAGUAUUCAAAAGGAAUAAUUCCCCUUUCUGCUAUAUCUACAGUACGAGUUCAAGGAGACAACAAAUUUGAGGUUGUUACAACACAAAGAACUUUUGUUUUUAGAGUAGAAAAAGAAGAGGAGAGAAAUGACUGGGUCAGCAUACUACUGAAUGCACUGAAAUCGCAGUCCCCCUCCUCGCAGUCUCAAGCAGCUGCUGCGCCUGAGAAAUGUGGAUAUCUUGAACUGAGAGGGUAUAAAGCCAAAAUUUUUACUGUGUUAAGUGGAAACAGCGUGUGGCUCUGCAAAAACGAACAGGAUUUUAAGGGUGGAUUUGGUAUUACCAUAAUCCCGAUGAAUGUAGCCAAUGUAAAGCAAGUGGACCGGACUAUGAAACAAUCUUUUGAGAUAAUCACGCCCUAUAAGAGUUUUAGCUUUGUAGCCGAGUCUGAAAAGGAGAAACAAGAGUGGAUUGAAGCUGUGCAGCAAUCGAUAGCAGAAACUCUCUCUGAUUAUGAAGUAGCUGAGAAGAUUUGGUUCAAUGAGUCCAACAGGAGCUGUGCAGAUUGCAAAGCCCCAGAUCCGGACUGGGCAUCCAUCAAUCUCUGCGUCGUCAUCUGCAAGAAGUGUGCAGGACAACAUAGAUCUUUAGGACCAAAAGAUUCCAAGGUUAGAAGUCUAAAAAUGGAUGCAAGCAUUUGGAGUAAUGAACUCAUCGAGCUUUUUAUUGUCAUUGGAAACAAAAGAGCAAAUGACUUUUGGGCUGGUAACCUUCAAAAAGAUGAAGAAUUACACAUGGACGCGCCUGUAGAAAAGAGAAAAAGCUUCAUUACCCAGAAGUACAAAGAAGGGAGAUUCAGAAAAACCCUUUUGGCAUCUCUCACCAAGGAGGAAUUAAAUAAGGCUCUGUGUGCUGCUGUGGUGAAAUCGGAUGUUCUGGAAACAAUGGCUUUGCUCUUCAGUGGAGCAGACGUCAUGUGUGCAACCGGAGACCCCGUGCACAGCACCCCCUACCAGCUGGCCAAGAAGGCUGGGCAGAGUCUGCAAAUGGAAUUUCUCUACCACAACAAGUUCUCAGAUUUUCCUCAACACGACGUUCAUUUCGAAGGUGGAUUAAGUCAAGAGUCCGCCCAGUGCACGUUCCUCUGUGACUUUUUGUACCAGGCUCCUUCUGCUGCUUCCAAACUCCCUGCAGAGAAAAAACUGCUGGAAGAGACAAAUAAAAAGUGGUGUGUUUUGGAAGGAGGCUUCCUGAGUUACUAUGAAAAUGACAAGUCUACCACUCCCAAUGGCACCAUUAACAUCAGUGAUGUCAUCUGCCUGGCUGUGCACAAAGAGGACUUCUAUAUAAACACCGGGCCCAUCUUCACCUUUGAGAUCUAUCUGCCCUCAGAACGUGCGUUUUUAUUCGGAGCUGAAACAUUUCAAGCCCAAAGAAGAUGGACAGAGGCAAUAGCUAAGCAAUUUGUUCCCUUUUUUGCUGAAAACUUAACACAAGCUAAUUAUGAUUUGAUUGGUCAACUCUACUACAAAGACUGCCAUGCCCUGGAUCAGUGGAAAAAAGGCUGGUUUGCUAUGGACAAGUCUAGUUUGUGUUUUUGCCUUCAAACGCAGGAAGUUCAGGAAGAUAGAAUGAACUUAAGAAGACUGCAAGAGCUAACUAUCAGCACAAUGGUUCAAAAUGGGGAAAAAGUGGAUAUUUUGCUCUUGGUAGAGAAAGGGAGAACAUUGUACAUCCACGGGCACACCAAGUUGGAUUUCACAGUCUGGCAUGCUGCAAUUGAGAAAGCAGCAGGUACAGAUGGAAAUGCUUUGCAGGAUCAGCAGCUCAGCCAAAACGAUGUUCCCAUCAUCGUGAACAGCUGUAUAGCAUUUGUUACGCAGUAUGGUUUAGGGUGCAAAUAUAUCUAUCAAAACAGUGGUGAUCCUUUGCACGUAAGUGAACUCCUGGAGAGUUUCAAAAAAGAUGCCAGAAGCUUUAAAUUGAGGGCUGGAAAGCAUCAGCUUCAAGACGUGACGGGCGUGCUGAAAAGGUUUCUGUCCGACAUCGACGAUGCGCUUCUCACUAAGGAGCUCUAUCCAUACUGGAUCUCUGCUUUAGGUAAUACACGUCAUGUAUAUAAUCAUAAAG